AUCUGGGCUGCAUCUUCAGAAGACGCAUUAUUUUUGUUACUCCACUAACCUUAAGGGGGCUUUUUAGCUUUUGCUCAGCUAUCCGUUUCUGGAAAACAUCUGAAUCAUUUUAUAACCAAACCCAGCUGCCGCUCAAGUCUAUGUGUGCGUGUGUGUGUAUAUGUGUGUUCGUUUGUAUGAGGAAGAGGGUGAGAGUGUGAGAGUAUCUGUGCGCAUUUCUCUGUAAAAAGGAAAGAGAGAAAAAACGCCUGGACGUCUGUUUCUUUCCCCAAACUUCUUUUUUUUUUUUUUUUUUUUUUUUUAGGAAUGAACGCCGAGACGUGCGUUUCAUUCUGCGACAUGACAUCCAUGGAUUCAUAUUAUAGUCCAUCUGCACCGCAAGGUAGGGAUCACCAAGCGAACCCGUCCAGGACUUUCCAGGCGAGUGACUCCAAAUACAGCCCUGCUUUCCUGACCAACAAAGGUCAGACGUACGGGGAAACAUCUCGGGGCCCGUUCCAGCAAGAAUGCCAGUCAUUGGAUGCCACUGCUGAGGAAGGCACCUUUAACAAAUACCACCUCUUCAUGCAGAGGUCCUCAUGCAAAACUCCCCCAGACAGCAGCAAACUCCAGCAGGAAAGCGGACACAACGGAGGACUCAUCGCUUGUUAUGGUAAAGACAACACAGGGCUGACAGAUUCGGAAUUGACCCCAAAAAGUGAUCACACAGGGAUGGAUGGCAGCUACCUCAGUGCAAAGGAGUCAGGAGUGAAGAGCCCCCAGGAGCAGCCAAAUACAGAACUGGCCUCUCCACUAGACAAGGGUGAAGGAGAGAGCAACAAGGGGAAGAAAAGGCGCAAUCGCACCACCUUCACAAGCUAUCAGCUAGAGGAGCUGGAGAAAGUUUUCCAGAAAACACACUACCCUGACGUGUACGCCCGAGAACAACUCGCACUGAGGACUGACCUGACGGAAGCUCGAGUACAGGUGUGGUUCCAAAAUCGUAGAGCCAAGUGGCGGAAGAGAGAGCGCUUUGGACAGAUGCAGCAGGUCCGAACACAUUUUUCCACUGCCUAUGAACUCCCCCUUCUCACUCGGCCUGAGAACUACGCUCAGAUUCAGAACCCUUCCUGGAUAGGAAGCAGCAGUGCAGCGUCCCCAGUGCCGGGCUGUGUCGUACCAUGUGACUCGGUCACUUCCUGCAUGCCUCCUCAUCCACAUACUGCUAGCGGAGUGUCUGACUUCUUGGGAGUGGCCAGUCCUGGAGGUCACAUGGGACAGACACACAUGGGCAGCUUGUUUGGGAGUCCAGGCAUAAGCACUGGUAUUAACGGGUACGAUCUAAACAUGGACCCAGACCGAAAAUCCUCCAGCAUUGCAACACUGCGAAUGAAAGCUAAGGAACACAGCGCAGCCAUCUCUUGGGCUACAUGACUCCCCUCAACAUCAGGACAUUAUCUCUGAAGUCCCUUGACAAAUAAAUAGAAAAGUGAACAAGAGCAAAAGUGAACAUCAGUUAGCCAUCAAGACAUGAUACAAAGAAUGGCCUGGGGACAAGCAGUGUGUGGAUUGACAAAGAUAAGCAAAAUAAUAGAGAAGCCAUGUGAAAUUAAAUAUAGAGUUCAGAGAGACAAUCAAAAAUGGGGAAAAUCAGAGAUGUUCAUAAAAUUGAGAACAAUCUGGCUUUAAGACAAGAAAACAGAAAAUUGACAUUUGAAUAUAUCCAAAAUUAUUUUAAAAAUAAAUGAAAUAACAAAUAAAAAUAAAUAAAUAAAUAAACCCUGCACUUAUUUGCUGUAUACUAGAGUCAUAUAAAAAUGUAUCUAAACUCAUCUGUCUUUAUUUUCAUUCUAUUUCUGUCACAGAAUCCACUUCCAAAUAUGGCAAUAUCGGUAACACUUUACAAUACGGGUGCAUUAAUAAGCAUUAAUUCAUGCUUAACUAAUGCAAAGAUAAUAUUGAGGUA